CUUAAAUCGUGUAGGUAUAACAGCAGAUACCAUUCCUGUGAGAGAUUGUGAUGUAUCAAGUCGACAGCCGGUGGGAAAUUCUAUCAAACAGUAUGAGGAGACGAGGAGUUUUAAACAAGACAUAGGUAGGUAGUUAUCACUUUGUUUUGUUUUCAAAAUCUACAAAUCUAUAAAUAUUAUUUUCACCUACACAUUUGUCUAUUAUUCUUAUUUUUUUUUUUUUUUCAAUUAAACUAGUCAAAACUGACUUUUACACCAUGAAACAACAACUUUACCUAAUUGAAUUGUUUAAUAAUAAAUUAAUAAUCUAUUAAUUGUAUUAAAUUAUUACAGUUAAAUAAAAAUUGUAUUUAUUAAAUAUUAACCUUCAAUUACUAGUUGUGAAAAAAAAAACUUUUUGAAAUUUCAGUAAUAAGUAGUGAUAUUUAAGAUAACUCGUUAAAACUUUGUUAUUAAAAGCAUUAUUAUGAUAACCAAUUAUAUUGUAUUUUUAAGGUUAUUUCAAAUGUGUAUCUUUGAAGUUUUCUAACUUAGCCAUGAUAAAACAAUUUAAGUAUACUUGGUAAUAAUCCUAUGAAAUUAGAAGGUAAAAAAAAUAAUAAAAAUGCUUUGAAAAUAGUUGACUAAAAUUCACAUUAAUAAAUUUACCAAUAGCAAAGAUUAUAUGGAGUACACAAAGGUAUAUGUAAUAAAAAAUAUUUUCUACUGUAUAGUCUCUAUGAAACAAUUUUAAUCAACACCUUUUAUUUGAUUUAGUUUUGGAAUAACAAACAUGAACUUUUCAUUAACCAAACAAUUGACAUUUUGGAAUUUAAAUAAUGAUCGAUAAUAAACUGUGCUCUCCAAAUUAUGAUGUUUAAUUUAAUACAGACCUUUUCUAAUACAAAAAAUCAUCAUUAUCCCUGAUCAGAAACAAGUAUAAUUUUUAUUGCACAAAAAUAUAUUAUUUUUUCUCAAAACUCCAGUUUCUAGUUGAAAUAUAUGAUAUAUUCAAAUUUUAAAAAUUCUAGUAAAUAUUAUAAUAAUUAUCUGAUUCCUGAUAUUUCAAAAUGUCUAUGUUUUCUAGAUUUUUGAAAAUCAUAAUAUUAAUUAUAUUAGAAUUAAGUAAGUAGGUACAUUUAAGUAUGUUUAACUAAAUAAUCCAUAACUAAUUUUAGGUACUUAUUAAAUUAAGAUUAGGUACCUAUAUUUUAUAGAAUUCAUUUUUUUUUUUUUGUUUAUAAUAUAUAAUUUAUACUAUAUAACACAAUAAACAUAUGUGUUUAAAGUACUAAAGAAUAUGAUCUUUAUGAUUUUUAUGAAAGAAGCCAUCCAUUAAUAACAUUUACAUAGGGAAAUUUUUUUUUUUAUAUUAGUUUUGUAAAAUAUCACGAAACCACUUUCGCUUUAAACAUCUUGGAGGAUUACCAGGUAUUAAAAUAGAGGCUAAGUCUUUUAUUGGAAGUUAGACGAUUAUGAAAUUCUUUACUAAAGCAUUUUACUUUUUCGUUAUUGUCUUUGUUUUUAGAUCAUGAUGUAAUGUACGAUUAGAUACAUAGGUGGGAGAUGUCUUAUUUUAAAUAAUUUUUAUUAAACCUAUAGAUACACAAGAUGACUAAAUCAAGUUCUAAAAAAUAAACUGAUUGAAUCGCACAAUUGGUGGGCAACUGUUGUAGAUAGGAAACGUGCGAAAUAUGUCUGUUCUUUUAUGUUAUUUUUAUAGAACACUUAAAAAAUAAGCAACUCUACAAUAUUACUUGAAUGUUAUUUUUUGUCACCUUUUUUUGGAGGUUAAACCACUAUCUACUUUUGAUUUUCAAAUGGCAACCUAGUACUUACACAUAGUACCUGUAUUAAUAAUUCCAUAUAUAGAAUCACAUAUAAUUGAAUAAUUUAAAUUUUACGGUAGAAUUACAAUUGUGGUAACAAUGGUAAAUAUUUUUACCUUAUAAUUUGUUUUGUAGAUGUUUAAUAUUUCGUUAGAUAUAAAUAUACUUUUUAUACUAUUUAUUGUUAGGACUUUAAAAGUGUUUUCCGAGCCAACCUUGUUUUUUAUUUAAACCAUCUGAAAGAACAGUUCUUUAGAUAUUUAUAUGUGAAAUAAAAUUUUGCCACCGGGAUUUCCAACUAUUUUUUAUUAGCCUUCAACACCUCAACGAUUUACUACGCCGCACGCCAUAGACCCGUAGUUGACUUCACUUCUUGCAUUUAUUUAUUAUUUAUCUAACACCUAUUUACUAAUGUUUACGCAAUUUUGGAACCUCAGUCUUAUCAAAUAUUACUUGCGGGAUGCGGUACAUACGUGUUGUAGAAGUUAGUUAUCAUAAUUGUCGAUAGAGCGCGCCACCAAUCCUAGCUCAUUUUUUCUUGAACAAACAAUUAUUCUAUAGUUGCUCUAAACUUGUUGGACCCAUGAUGAAGAUAUAAAAUAAAAUUAUAGCCAAAUUUUUUUUAUCUAAGAUCGUGGGUUGAAAUACAGAGAAAAUAAAGACAUAUAUGUUUCUUUAUUAUCUGUACCAAAAUAUGACCGCCGUCAUGACAUCUAUGUCAUAAUAUUUUAUUAUUUUAACGAAUCUUAUUAUCUCAUUUCUAAAGUAUGUCACGCAUUCAUGCAUUCGAUAUUUUGAUAAGGUAUUGUUUACAUUUUACUACAACGUUAGUGUUAAUAUUUUUCAGUUGUCGUUUUUUGUAACUUCGUUAUUAUUUGGAAAUUACAUUUAGCUUUUUCAUAUUGCAACCACGAUUACAUUCAUCGUGGUUGUAAUUAGUUGUUUUUUGAAGUUGUGAGAUCAAAUCACUGAGUUUUUAUGUGAAGGUUCCAUUGACUAAAAUGGAUUCUGAUGUUGACUCGGAACUAAAAUCUGAUUUUACAGAUUAUUUAGAUCACAUAAGCCAAAAAAAAGUAUGUAUUACAUCAUUAAAUUUAAUUCAUUUGAAAUAUUUUUCUCUGUUAAAAUAAAUGUUUUAUUAAAUUUUAGAAAUUUCAACGGAAUACAACAUAUGCUGAACACAGUUAUUCGUCGUUUGAAUUUCAACAAGACAAUUUGUGUUCUACAAUUAAAACUUUAUUUAUUCACAGACAUACACAAAAGUAAAAUAAUAUACUAUUUGACCAUUAUAAAUUAUAAUAUCAAUGAUGUUAUUUUUAGUGAAAAUGUUACUGAUGAUGUUGAUGUUGAAACUGUUGAAAAUGAUGUGAAAUUACUAACUUUUAGACCAUCUGUUAAUGCCAAAUCAAUGGAACUGUACAGGAAUUCAAAAGUGCCAAGAGAUCCCGAAACAUGGGAGGAUAACAUUAAUAAGUAUGUUUAAAAUGUUUUAUAAUUGUUGAUUGCUACUCGUCGUUGUACAAUAGGUUAUGUAUAGAAAUUAUAAUUGUAAGAUGACCCUGUAGAUGAUGCGUUUGUAGUUUUUUAAUAAUUUGACUGAAAACGAUGCUAAGUCAGUUAAAAAUUUAAAUUACACCUACCUAAACCUAUCAAAUUCAAAGAAUGGAAACCGUAGAAUUGUAUCUAAUACAUGUGUAUAGAUUAAAAUAAGUAAAAUAUUGAAGUCAGAAAAAUACAGAUCAUUAUUAUUGAUAUGAACAAAUUUAUAACUGAUUAGUUUUCUAACUUUAUUUUUAAUUUCAUUGCACACAAUAAAUAAUAUUCAAAAUUAAGACAGUAAUAUUAUUUUCUUUUAAAAAUUAUUAAAUACCAAAUAAAAUUAUUUAUAUUAAUCGAUUAACUGAAAUUCUGUUUUUAAAUUCAAGUUGUACAUAUAUGUUAUAUGGUGUAGAUUAAUAGAAUCUAUUAAUAUACCAAGAUAAUAGAUAUGCAAAAUAAAUGCAAUGCAAGGUUCUUUUAAAUAAAACUUUACAUAUUUAUGGUAUUAGAAAUUCUUAGCUUUAAUGUUAAACAUAAUAGAUAAUGUCUUGCAGACUACGGUGGAACAAACUAGAAAGAACAUUGUUUGAUCGAGCUAUGGCUAUUUUAUACUCAAACCGCUUGUCAAGAUUAACAUUUGAAGGUACAGCACAAGAUGAUGUACAAAAAAUAAUUUCUACAGAUAAAUCAGUGGCAGAAAUGCAUCAUCUUUUAACCAAUUACACUCUUUGGGAUAUACCUAUGUCACAAUGGUUGCAUACACUUUUUUUAACGUAUUUACCAGAUGACUAUCUCACUUCAUACAUUGAUAUUUUAGAGGUAUAUAAAAUUUUAGUUAGUUAUUAGAUAUGUGACGAACUAUUUGAUUUUCGAAUUGAAAAUUGCAAAUAAUCAAACUGAAAAAAAAUACCCAAUUGACUUGAAAAUCAUUUGAUGCCGAUUAUGCGCGGUCAUCAAUAUGAUGUUAUGUGGUGGGACAGAGUGGUCUUGUUACAAAAAAGAAAAAUUCUAUUUUUUCUCAUUAGUGGUUCUUAUAAUGUAAAUUGGUAAAGGUUGUGAAGGUUAAUCUAACCUAACUUUUUUAAUGUUUAAGUUCAAGUUCGAUAAAAUAUUGUUAAAGUUCGGUUUAGUUCGGGUUCGAUUAAAAAUGUGUAGGUUUGGGUCAAUUUGGGUUCUUUAAUUGUAAGAAAAGUUCGGUUUGACCUUAAAAAUCAGGGUUCGUAACAUCUCUAUUAAUUAUAUAUAAUUUUGUUUUUGUGUAUAUAAUUUAUAUCAGUGUUUUCUUCAUAAUAGAAAUUAAAAAUGAUUGCUCCAUCACUAAUAAAUGAAAUGGUAACAGGCAGUACCAUUGGACGUUCUAAAGAAGAAAUUAAAUGCAAAUUAAUUAAACUAGAUGAACCUGUUGACCCAUUUAAUUAUAUGUUGACGGCCUAUCCACCUGUAAGUACAAUACAUUGUAUUAAAAUUGAAUACAAAUAUUUAUAUUCUAAUAUUCUAAUUAAAUUAAUACUUUAAAAAUAUUACUAUAAUAUACAUUUACCUAUACAUUUUUUUAGCUAAAAUUACCUAAGAAUCCUUUAAUAAUACUAAUACCAGAUUUUCCCGGAUAUUUUACACAAGCGAACACAAGGACCCAUGAUUGGAUGAAUGCAUUAUCAUAUUUAGCUGAAUUAGAUGUUGCCUUAACAGCAAAAGGUAAUAAUUUUAAACCAUAUGUUACAUGGUAUGUACAGGGGUCUAUUUUCAUGAAAAUACUUAUUAUCUUGGAAAGUAUAAACUUUUUACAGAAUUUUUUUUGAAAAUUCAUGAAACAAACAAUUUUAAAAUGAUAUAUUACCCUUAUUUUUGGAAGUGAACUGACUACCCAGUUUUGGUUUUCAACUAGAAAUCUAUAUUAAUAAUUACAUAAAUAGAUUAAUUUUUAGUUUAAAUAUUCUUUUGGUGCUGACAUUUUUAUUUCUAUCAACCACGUCUACUGCUUUUAAGUUUUUAUAGAGAGAUAAUAUUGGAGCAUAAUUUGUGUGGCGAUGCAGUAAAUGACAUUUAAAUAGUGCUUUACUACUUUCCCUACGCAAUCUUAAUAUUAGAAUAUUUUGUCAACGGAUUGGUAGAAAUUAUAAAUUUUGACUCUCAAAUGUAUCACAAAAACUAUAACUUCAUCUAUCAAUAGAAUUUUUAAUAUAGGUUACUAUUUAGAAACCAAAAGUGGAUAGUGGUCACCUACAUUAUUAAUGUUAAUGGAAAAUUUUAAAGCUGCUUAUUUUUGAAUUCUCCAAAAAAAAGUUAAUACUUUAUAGAUAAUGAGUGUCUCAUCAAUAGUUGGUUACCCUGUAUACACAUACUAGGUAAGCUGGUAUGUAUUUACAUUUUUCUAUGAAUAAAAAAUAUGAUAUCCUUCUUUAAAGUGUGUUUUUUAAAUAUCAAUUAUUAAAGUUUAUUUAUUAUUUUUAGUACCUUGGAAUUAUGAAGAAUAUGCUUGUGAAGAAGAGUUAGAUAUUGUAACUAAUUUAGAUGCCAUGGUGGAUGCUACACGAAGUAAAAUUGUAUCAGUACGGUCCACUGAUCCAAAUAGAAUUAUUAUUUUGGCAGGUGUUGGUGUUAGUGCUGCCAUAGCUUGUCAAGUAUGUAAAUUGUAGUGUAUCUAUGCUAAUUUACAUUAUUUUAUUUUUGUCUAGAUUGUCAAUUUAAUUAAAAAGAAGUUAUAAAAAUAUUUAUUUGUUUAAUGUGUUUUGAAUUUUGAAAUAGAUAAUAAUUAGUUUAUAUUGUAUUAUACAUACUCAAAGCAGAUUGCCAAGGUCAAUUUCUAAGUCAUAUGUUCCAUAUUUUAUGGAAGAGAUUAUGUGUAGCAAUCGUAGACUCCAAUGAUCCCUAAUAAUGAGCAGAGUAAAAAAAAAAAAUACAAUUUAUAACAAUACCUAUACAUUUAUUAUUUAAAUCUAAAAUAAUAAAAAUAUAACACUUAAUCUUUUUCAUAUUUUAUACAAUAUAGGAUAUAAUCAUAUACAUUUAAAUUAGUUAAUAUAUUUAUUAAUAUAACUUUCUGUCUAAAAUGUAGGUGGCUGUUCUUGAAAAAGUUGAUGGAUUAGUGUGUAUUGGGUUUAUUGUUAAUUCAUCUGAAGUAAAAAGAGGUUAUGAAGGUGAUUGUAUUUUGACCCUUGAAUGUCCGACAGUUUUUGUUACUGGCCAGCUUAGCAUAUUUUCACCGUAUGUUAUUUAUUUUUAAUAAAUAAUCAAAAAACAAAUAUUUGUUUUUACUAAGUUGAAAAAUUAUUCAGGGUUUUGGAUUUGGAAGAAUUAAGAGUAAAGCUUAAAUGUAAAACUAGUCACAUACUGGUUGGUGGGGCCAAUGAUGAAUUAGUGAUGAACCAUUCUACUAAGAUGAAAGAAGCAGUCACUCAAAAACUAGUUGAUAGAUGUGUUUUGGUUAGCUAUAUCAAUAGCUUAGAUCAUAUAUAUUAAUUUUCAUAACUGAACUUGUAAUCUAUAAUAUUUUUUUCUACAGCAAGAAAUUGGAAAUUUCUUAAAAGAAACAUUGGAACCUUCACCUAAAGUAACGCGUAAACCUGAUGUGGAUAAAAAAACUGAUUUUAAAAAACCUGUAUUUGCUAAAAAAAAACCUUAUAGUAAGAGUAUUAAGUAUUUUAUUUAUAUUGUACGUUUUAUUUAAAUAUGCAUUCUCAUCAUGGCUAUCGAGAUAUGUGGUUGUAUGUGUUAAAACAAAUCGGUCUAGUAGUUAAAAUAUUUUUUUGAGACCAAAAUACAAUCAAUAUUAUACCAGGCAUAUUAUUUACAAAAAAAAAAAAAAAAAAAUUGUGUUUAAAAUAUUAAUUGUAUUAUUUAUCAUGUUUAUAUGCAGACUCUCAUACACACUUACUUUAUAGAUAGUAAAUAACCUUAGUUAAUGUGUAUUAACAUUAUAUUCAUCUAAAACUUUAGGAUUAAAUUUUAAAUUUAUAAAAUAAAAUAUAAUUUAAAAAUUAUUGAUGUAACCUUAUUAAUGCAUAAACAUUUUUUUUUUUUUUUAAUUUAUUUAAUAGUUAUUUUAGAUUUUAAAAAAAAAAAAAAAUUAUAAAAAUCCAAAUUUGUAUUAUUAGUUGUAAAGUAGUAAGAAAAAACAAAAAUAUAAAACAUAAAAACUAUAGCACAGAGCUUUAGUAAUUAUUCCAAAAAAUAAAAAUUUAAAAAUAUUCAAUAGUAAAAAAGUUAUUACAUUUUUUAAAUAAUUUUGUUGAAUUAUAUAUGUUAUAUAUAAUUUGAUUUUAAAUUUUUGCCAAAAAAUAUUAACUUAUAAUUUAAAUGUGUUUCUUAAUGUCAAAGUUAAAGUUAAUUUGAUUCAAAAAAUGAAAUAAACAUUAAAAUACCUUAAAAUAAUUUAUAUUAAACGUGGAUUCAUAUGGAAGUUUAAUUAAUUACAAAUUUGAUUGUGUAAACCUGGUAAUUAUAUUCAGGGGGAAAAUGUAUAGGUUUGAAUUUGAGUUUUUUAAAUGUAAUUUGUCAUUUCUCAUUUUAAUAUAUGUUAUAAAUUAUUUCUUAUACUUUAAAUUUUUUACAGACAGACUUUUAGCAAGACUAAAUAAAGGAAGACAAAAAUCUUCUGUCAAUAGUCAAAUAUCAAAGAAACAAAUGGCUAAUCGUAAAACUAUUAACAUACCUUGUACUUCAUUGCUAACACCAACGACCGAUAUGGCGAAAGAUGAAGAACUAAUGCCUCCUCCAUCAAAUGCUUGUAAACAGGAUUACGUUAUGCAGUGUGAAAAUUCUCAAUCUACCGUAAAUACUUCUGGUAAGUAUUUUGAAUCACUAUAAGUUUUUGUAUAGUACUUGAAAGUGUUUAAUUUUUAAGCUUAAAUAAUUAAUAUUUAAAUUAUAACAAUUCCCAAUUAUUGGGAAAAUUAAAAAAUGACUUCCCUUAAGUAGCAUCCCAGUCUAAUUUUCUUUCAGAAAAAGUUCUACACUUGUAUAUCCAAGUAAGAUUUCUGGUAGAGAAGUUGUUCACGGAUAGAAUAAUAUAUAAAUAAAUAAACAUCAUUGUAAAACCAUUACAUUCCUUACUCAUUAUUACUCUACUCUCACUUUGGGAACCUCUGGUCUAUACCAUAAUCUAUCUGUAAUCUAUAUAUAUGUUAAAACCCUAAAUCCAUCAAAACUAGUUUCCAUAAAUCUCUUAAAUCAAUUCUGAUUUUGACUAGUUACAACAAGAAUUAACUAAAAUCCUCUCCAUUAAAACUAAUUUUAACUUAUUUUUGUUUAGUUAGAACUAGUUGUGUCUGAGAUAUAUUGGUGAAUACUAGAAUUGUUUAGUGAAAAUCCGUAAUUUUUUUAUUGUUUUUUUAGCUAGGGAAAAUUAGAAAUAAGUACAUGAUUAUAAUGUAUAUAUUAUAAUAAUUCUUGUUUUCAUUUAUUAGAUUAUUUAAUUUGACAUGAAAAACUCUUGUAGUAUUGCAUAGUAUUAAAUUAUUCCUACAUAAUACGAAAACUAUCCCAAAAGUAUCCGACCUGCAUUCAUAAUUCCGCGCCAGAACAUUAGAGUGACCUCUGUUUGAUAAAAACGUAACUAAUAACUUCUCAAGUUAUUUCGGCUGCCAUAGAAGCCUCACGUAUGCACCAUUAUAAUUGUAAAUGUUAUCUUUUUGUGUAUGUCGAAUUUUCCUAUUAUUAAAAAUGACAAAAAGACGUGACCAACCAAUUUGCUUUAAACUCAAAAAAAUGGCUGCACAUAAGAAAAUACAAUUGUUUGGAAUUUGGUUCUCUAGCCUAGAAAUUUUUACCUAUUAUUAACUAAUUGAUUAUUUUAUUUUAUUUGGUGAUAUGAAAAGGUAUUUAAAUAUCUAAUUGAUUUCAUAGCUGGUCGGUUAAAUUUUUCAAGCAAUAUUUAUAGGUCACCUGUGGUCACGUGCGUUUGUAGUACAGGUAGCACAAGUUUGAACACAUGUAUUUCAGUUAAAACUAGUUUUGACUGACUUCUGUAAACUUUUGAUUAUUUUUAUUUUAACUAGUCAAAACCAAAAUUGACUAAAGGGAUUUGUGGACACUAAUUUUAACGAAUUUUGUGUUUAACUGUAAUAUAUAUAACUCAUUUUCAUAUAUAUAUAUGAAAAUGAGAAUCUUGGUUUCUAAUGAUAUCAUGUUUUUUUUUUUUUAAAUUUAUAUCAGGAGAAUGUUUGAGAAUGAACACUUUACUUUUACUUUUUAUGUACCUACUAAUUAUUAUUUGAAUGUAUUUAAUUUUUAUCUAAAUGAUGGCUCACUCAUAAAAAUCUCUACCUACUAACACAUUCAAUUUUUAACUUUGCAAGUAAAUUGGGUAUUAUUGAAGGACAAAAGAGAGUUAGAAUGAGAAAAAGUAGUUUUGAACAGUGGGUGGCCAGAAGUAGAGGUGGGAGUAUGGGGUUACCUAGGCAUGGUCAACAUAGUACAUAAAUUAACCGUGAUAGGAGCUAUUGUACUGAUAUUACAACUAUAAUGAUCUGGAUAAAAUAAAAACAAAAUAUUUAUUAUUAGGUGAAUGCGAUAAGGAACUUUUUUAUUGCAUGGACAAAGCUGGGUAGGAUAACUAGUAUAGUAUGUACAUAAAUUACACACUUGUAUACAAUAAUAAUAAAUGUUGUGUAUAAUAUAUAUGCAGUAGUAAAUGUCAUUUAUUUAAAUUUUUUUAUUUUUAGAAUUUGAGGAAUUAUGUAUACCAAAAUUAGGAAAUCAAAAAUUCUCAACUCUUUCAGAUUUGUUACAUGAUCAAGAAAAUUUAAAAAUCAAUGUUUCCAAAGCAUGUAUGUCCCAGCUUAAUUUUAUUGUAUUAUUUUGUUACAUAUUUUUAUUAUUCCAAUUUGUUCCUAUUAUAGCUUCAUCUUUAACGUCUAUGGAUGAUUCUUUAUUAUUUACAUCAGAUCAAAAGAAUAUUGUAGUAUGUAGUUCAAAUUUCCAAUCUGGAGAUUCUCAAAUACCUGUCCUGGGAGAAAUUACUGCUGAUCAAAUAUUGGAUAUGCCAAUAGUAUUUGCUGAUACACUACAAGAAGACCUAAAGCAAACAGUUGAUAACAGUUCCUAUUUUGUCACAAGUACUAAUGAACAGCAAAUGAUGGUUAAUGAAGAACUUGUUGAUGAUGACGAUCUAGAUAUUGAUAUCAUGUGCCCUAUGUCUAAAAAUGCGGUUCCUGAGCGUGUCAACAUUAAACAGGUAGAUAAAUCCAUAGUAUAGAACAUUGGUUUUUCAAUAUUUUUGUAAACAUAGUAAACUUAAUCACUCAAUAUUUUUAUAAUAUACAAAUUUGAUAGUCAGGUAUUUGUGUAAAUAAUAAUUGAGGAAAAAAACCUCUCAUCUACAACAGUAACUCCACUCACCGUGUGAAGUGUGUUCAUAUUAUAUUACAUUCAAUCAUAUUUCAUCAUUAAGAAAGUAAAAUUGAGUAUGGUCGAACUCAAAUAGUUUGGAUGAGGGCAAAGGAGAAAAAUAAGACAUUUUUAAUAGGUUUAUGUCUUAAACGUUUGUUUAUAAAUAACAAAGUUUUAUGAUUUAAUAACUAGAUUUAAAUAAAAUGUAGAAAUGCUUAUUACACACCAGUUGAAAAACACUGAUAUAAUAUUAUAAUGAUAAAUGAUUAAAUACUAUUUAAUUAUAAUUUUUUAAUUGUACAGGUUGCAUAUGACUCACCCUCAAAAGUCAAGCUCGUUGUAAACAAAGCACCAACAAGCUUAGUGUCUAGUGGUUACCAAACAUUCUCUGUACCCAGUCAAAAUAUUGGAAAUAUUCAGUUUGUAAAUAGACUACCCAUGCAAAGUAAAAUAAGAAGACUUGAAGGAGUAACCCCAAAAACUGUAUCUAUGCGCCAUUUACAAGACAGUAAUUUUACAGUUGUUAAUACUUCUGGGCAACAGAUGCAGCAGUUAAAUAAAAUGAAAACAAUGGCAACCACUCAAAAAUUUAAGAAAAUUGUAUAAAACCAAAAUGUAAGACUAGUGUACUAGCGCACAUACAACCUUCAUAUGUUUCUGUUAAACUAAAUUAAUUUAAA